AUGUCCCUGAUCCGCGCCUGCCGCAGUCUGGCGCUCUCUACGUGGCUUCUGUCCUUCUGCUUUGUGCACUUAUUGUGUUUGGAUUUCACGGUGGCAGAGAAAGAGGAGUGGUACACCGCCUUUGUAGAACUUACGUACAAUGACCCAACCACAGCUGAGGCAAAGAGCGACAAAACGGAGUGUGGUCGGUACGGGGAGCAGUCCCCUAAAAAGGAGAGCAGCGGCGUGGUGCUGAUGCCUCCUCUCCCGCAGGACAGGCAGGGCUGCGACCCUAACGCCCGGUUCCCGCUGGUGCCUCAGCGCAGCGCCUGGGUCGCUCUGAUCGCUGCAGGGAACUGUACUUAUCAAGAGAAGAUCAGAAAUGCCGCCAGCAACAACGCAACUGCGGUCAUUGUGUACAGCGUGGGAUCAGGCAGCCCUAACGACACCAUCACCAUGUCCCACCCAGGGACCGGUGACAUGGUGGCCAUCAUGAUCACAGAGCACAAAGGGCUGGAGCUGGUGUCUUUGCUGGAGAGGAACAUUGUGGUCUCGGUGCACAUCACCAUAGGAACCCGGAACCUGCAGAAGUACGUGAGCAGGACCUCCGUGGUCUUUGUGUCUAUCUCCUUCAUUGUCCUCAUGAUCAUCUCCUUGGCCUGGCUCGUCUUCUACUACAUCCAGAGGUUUCGCUACGCCAACGCACGAGACAGAAACCAGAGGCGCUUGGGAGAUGCUGCUAAAAAAGCUAUUUGCAAGCUUCAAACACGCACCAUCCGGAAAGGAGACAAGGAGACCGAGUCUGAUUUCGACAACUGCGCAGUCUGCAUAGAGGGCUAUAAGCCAAACGAUGUGGUGCGCGUGUUACCUUGCAAACAUGUCUUUCAUAAACACUGUGUGGACCCAUGGCUACAAGACCAUCGAACAUGUCCAAUGUGUAAGAUGAAUAUUCUCAAAGCUUUAGGGCUGAGCCCAGACUGCUCUGACGAGGCUCUCCCAGACUACGACACCUCUGUGGGGGGCCAAGCCAACGGCAUCACGGGGGCCAGCGAGAUCACGGUGAACGAGAGCUCAGUCGUGUUGGACACAGACGGCAGGGGGGUGGUCCUGCAGCCGUUUGAUACAGAGGGAGGGACGCAAGCUCAGCACAUGGAGCACCGAGCCAGCAGUGAGCAGCUGCCAGCCCUGAGCAGUGACUCGGACUCGUCCCUGGUGGUGGGAGUGGACAUGACUGAUGUGGAUCUCUCAGAGCGGGAGGGCGGAGGGGCCAAAGCCUAA